AAAUCGCAUGAAACUAAAGAAAUUUAAAAAUUUUAAAGGAUUUUAAAGGAAAAAUCGUAGAAAUAAUGGCACAACCGCAUGAAAAAGACAAAGUCUUGGUGGCAAAACAGGCGUUAAUGGCCAGUUUAGGCGAUGAAUUGUGGGCACGAUAUUUGAACAACAUGAAAGCCUGGUUCCGACAGAAAUGCACGAAAAAUGAGUUCGAUAUGGCUUGUCGGAAGCUCUUUGUGAGUCCAAAUCAAGCUCGCUUUCAUAACCAAUUCCUCCUUGCGAUUCUCAACAAAAUCGACAUCCUCGAACCAGUGAAAGUCAAAACAGACUUUGACGAGGCCUCGUCUCCCUUUAGCAUGCAAACCAAAGGGAAUCAUCAUCAUCAUUUGACGAAAAAACGAAAACGUCUCUCGGAAAAUGCCACUUUUGAGCCGUCGCCCGUUUUUGACUAUCUUCCAUGCGAAAGUUUCGUGGAUCACACUCCCGUUAACGCGACACCUCCAAUUUUGCGGUAUGUGGCACAAGAAAUGUUCCUGCCUGAUUCCGGGCUGAUUAUGGGACGAUUGAUGGUUGCCUCGUGGGAAGCUGGGUUAACGAGUGUCGAUGAAACAGCAGUCGAUUUGAUCGUGACGGGCGUUCAAUUCCUGCUUAAAAACAUUUUAACGUCCGUUAUUACGAAAAAGAAGCAUUUUCGGGCGACGGCAGACACGAAAUUCAUGUAUGACAUUGGAGCGCCGCUCAAAGAUCCGUUCACGAGAAAUACCGUGACUCGACAAAAAGUCGACGAUGAACCGAUUGAGCUUGACAAGGAAAUUUCUUCUUUUAGUCUGCAACGAAGACCUGUUGGGGAUAGUUUAUUUUUGUCAGCGUGCGAGGAACCAAAUCCUGUGCCAAGACGAAGAAUUACAACGUUGGACCUCUACAAGGCGCUACAAGAUAAAAAUGUGAUACCAUCACAUGCCGUUUACUCCAUCAACAUUGAAAAAAUCUCAAGCAUGUUAACGUAAAGUUUAAUUAAAAUACAAAAGAAAUUUUAAUUAUUAUUGUCGUUGUCGAUCCAAGGCAUUCCAUUUUUGCGGUAAACUGUUUUGUAGGCAAAAUGUCUUCCGUAAACGCUGCAUUUUUCUAAAAUUUUUGAUUUUACGUGUCCAUAUUCGGAUUGCGAGCUCAAGGGAAUGUCUCGUAAUUUUUCCUAAAAUGCAAAAAAU